AAACCCUUUUUUUAUUUGUAGUUCUUGGCUCAAAGAUCUCAGAAUUCUUCCAUGAAAACCAGAUAAGAUUGCCAACCCAAAAGCUCCAAAAAUAAAACUAAUCUCUACACACUUUUCCACCAGCCCUUCAAUAUUGAAUACGUUUCGUUUUCACCCUCUGUUUCUGUCUCUCUCUCUCUCUGUUAUAUGGGAAAAUCACUUCCUUCGGCGACCAAACUCCAAGAUUUCGCCAAAAUUGUGUCACCGGGCAGAUUCCAAACGCCGAAACGCGCAAAAACCAUAUCGCAAAUCCGAGUCUCGGCCCCGGAAACAGGAAAACCUGGGGCUGUACGGCUCGAAUCGGAGCGAGUGAAGCAGCAAAAGUUGAUGGAGAGCUCGCAGGGGCAGCAGAGUGAGAGCCGGAUGCCGCUGGGGCAGGUUGUCUCCGACUGCGUGAAGCGGUGGUUCCAGGACGCGCUCAAAGAGGCCAAGGCCGGGGAUAGCGGCAUGCAGGUUCUUGUGGGCCAGAUGUACUACAGUGGCUAUGGUGUCCCCAGAGACCCUCAAAAGGGACGCGCUUGGAUGAAUAGAGCUUCUAAAACUAGGGUUUCAGUUUGGAAUGUAAGCGAUAAACACCCAGGUUACAAUGCAAGUGACUCAGAUUCGGAUGAAUCAAAGGGUGAUGCAAAAUAAUGUCAAAUGUGAUCUUCUGUUGGAUUUACCAGUGCAGAAUGAAUCCCUGGGCUGUGAUGAUUCCGGUGCUAACCAGAUUUCCACCACGGAUUGAUUUUGUUGCUGACUUUGCCUCAUUUUUUCUCUCUUUUGUUAGUUAUCUUCUUUAUUUCCUUUCUCGGGGUAUAUUCCUUGUAUGUUGCUGUAUUUAUUACACCUAGACUUAAGGUUGUGUAGAUUUGUAAUACAAAAUUUUCAUUCUAAUGGCUUAUUUUGUUGCUAUGAAAUAUUAAGAUGAAAUUCCUUCUUUUGAAAAUUAUUACACCAUUUGGUG